AUUAGAGGCAUCCUGCUGAAAAAUUCGAGCAGCAGAUUGACAGGUGGGCUCUGACUGUCAGGGUGACGCUUGUGGAGGGGUGGAGUAAAGGAGAGGCCGGAAAGGCAGCUGGAUGUGUCUGUCUAUCAGUGGGAGCUGUCUGAACGCACGGCGCAUCACCAAUGUGCGCACAUUUCACUGCGGAGAAAACCCGCGGACGCUCCCAAGCGCGUUUAUUAUUAUUAUUUCUUUGCUCCAAACUGUAAUAAAUCCAAGAAAACAACAGUAAACAGCAACAAGAACAAUCGCGGGUGAUUUCGCGGCUCAGCGGGCGGGCCUGCUCGGUGUCUUUUGUGAUGAGUUUCUGAGAAAAUAUCAAGUCUCCGUGUUGACAGUCGGAAGCGGAGCUUGGAGAGACCGGGAAGCUGGCACCAAGGUGGACGGAGAGAAACACUACAUCGCAGUUUUUUUUGGACGCAACUCCACCACCGAACGAGUAACAGAAACGGCAAAAGAGGAGCUUCCCUUUUUCUUUACUUUUUAUUCUCAUAAAAGGUAUUAAUUAAUCCCAGGAGAGGUGGAAACAGAUUUAUUUUUAUGGGAACGCGGUUAAAGGACUGUGGCAGCUCUCCAUAUCCCUGCCCCAGAGACUGAAACCGAAGCUUUUUCACCACACCAUCCUGCGAUGAGUUUUUUCUGAUCGGAAGAAGUUAACGGACGAGCCUCUUUCUUCUCCAAAUUAUCUAUAAUCACACAAAAAAAGACGCGUAGAGAAUAAACCGUCACUUCUUCGUCCUGCGAGGGAUCUACACUUUAUUCAUAUCAUCCCACUUGAAGGGCAGAGGAAGCGCUGCUCGCUUUGCUCUACCCCCUCCCGUCCGUCGUUGCACCGCUUUCCUCUCCAACUCGUCCGCUAUUUUGAUUUCUGCAUGAAAAGUCCAGCGGAAAGUCCUGCAGCAGCAUGCCGAGGAGAAAGCAGCAAGCCCCGCGGCGGUCAUCAGCUUAUGGACCUGACGAUGAAUUUAAAGUGGGAAAGACUGAUGAAGAGGAACAUCUGCAGGAUGAUGGCCUUUCCCUCGAUGGUCAAGAUGCAGACUAUUUUUUCAAUGAUGAAGAUGAUGCAAGAGAUCGUUAUAGCUGCCAAAACUCUCCAAUUAGCAAUGGCACUAAUCCAGAUGCUGGGUAUGCUUCUCCCCUCAGCACCAGUAGUGAUCAACUGGUAGACCUCAAGACCACCCCCUCCUCCUUCAGUGAUCAAGACAAGGUAGAGGACAAGCUUGGGGAAAGUACUGAAUCCAUCAAUGGCCUCUCAUUACAGGACAGUCUGGCAAAAAUGAAAGCUGUCUAUGCAAACCUGAUCUCGGAUGCCUCCUGGUCCAGCAUUGCUCUGGAUAUGAUUAAAAGUAAACAGGGGAACAAUUUCACAGCUAGCAAUGGCAGUAGAAGUGAUCAUAAAGGGAGCAAUGGGUUCCUGAACAGUCACAGUUCGGGCAGCGUCCAUGUGAAGAACAGAUGUAGCAGUAACAACACCCCAGCCACCACUAAUAUUACCACCAGCAGCACCACUGCAAGAAUGGUGUCAAGCAGCAGUAACAGUGGCAUCAAUGUGAGCUCUGGUGGCACAGGAGGAUUAGCCUAUGACUGGCAUCAGGCAGCUUUGGCUAAAACUCUGCAGCAUACUCCUUACCAACUCCUUCCUGAGCCCAGCCUUUUCAGCACCGUGCAGCUUUACAGACAAAACAAUAAACUCUAUGGCCCAGUGUUUACUGGAGCCAGUAAGUUUAGGUGUAAGGACUGUAGUGCAGCCUAUGACACUUUGGUUGGUCUAACCGUGCAUAUGAAUGAAACAGGCCACUACCGCGAUGACAACAAGGAUUCAGAGGAUGAUCGAAGCAAGAAGUGGUCCAAGCCACGAAAGCGCUCUUUGCUAGAGAUGGAAGGCAAAGAAGAUGCCCAGAAAGUUCUCAAAUGCAUGUAUUGUGGUCACUCUUUUGAAUCCUUGCAGGAUCUUAGCGUUCACAUGAUCAAAACAAAACACUAUCAGAAAGUGCCUCUAAAAGAACCGAUGCCAACCCUCACCUCAAAGCUGGUACCCCCAUCCAAAAAAAGAGCAUUUCAGGAGUUGAUGUCUCCAAGCUCACCAGAGUCUGUCUCAUCUGGCAUACUCCUGGGAGAGUCUCCCAAAGACCAGAAAUUGUCCAAUCCCUAUGUCACUCCUAACAAUCGAUAUGGUUACCAAAACGGUGCCAGUUACACUUGGCAGUUUGAGGCACGAAAGGCACAAAUUCUCAAAUGUAUGGAAUGUGGCAGCUCACAUGACACCUUGCAACAACUGACAGCCCACAUGAUGGUUACAGGACACUUUCUUAAAGUUACAAAUUCAGCCACUAAAAAGGGUAAGCAGUUAGUUUUUGACCCCGUAGUUGAGGAAAAAAUUCAGUCGAUUCCUUUACCGCCUACGACCACACGACUUUCUGCACCUAAUGAUAAGCAACAGCUUGACUUUGUUUUGCAGCCAACCAGCCCUGAAGAAAGACAUGAGGAAAAGAAAGAUUAUGGAAGGGAGAAAGAGAAAUCAGAAGUAAGUGAACCAGAGAAAAAAAUUAAAGAGGAGAAAGAAGAUCCCUCUGAAAAAGCUAAGCCUGCAAAGACAAGAUCUUACCAAUAUCUUCGAGAGGAAGACUUAGAGGAGUCACCUAAAGGGGGGCUAGACAUCCUAAAGUCUUUAGAGAACACGGUUUCAAGUGCAAUCAGCAAGGCCCAAACAGGAACACCAACCUGGGGUGGUUACCCCAGCAUUCAUGCUGCCUAUCAGUUGCAUGGACCUUUGAAAUCAACGGUGCCUUUGUGUGCACAGGUUCAGCCAUUGUUCAGCAGCACUAAUUUGAAGCUAUUGUCCUCUGAUAUAGGCUCUCUGAUCCAUUCACCAAAUAGCCCUUCUUCAUCUCCGAGUCACAAAAGCAAUGUAAUGGCCAUGGAGGAGCUGGUGGAAAAAGUGACAGGAAGAAGUUCAGUGAAGAACGAAAAGGAAGAAAAACCUGCAGAGAAUAAGUGUAAGUCUGCUAAGUCUCCAUUGCCAAAUCUUAAGGACAAACCAGCUUCACCCAAUCCAGAAAACCUCUCAAAGACUGUGAAAAACACUACAGUAGAGGAUCAGACUGAGCCAAGAGGUAAAGAAGAAGAGCAGACAGAGACUAAAAUAGAUAUACAGAUAAAAACUGAGGAUGAGUUAUUGAAAAAAAAUGUUAGCAAUGGCUGCAGUAACCUGAAUAUCAUUACUGAUCACUCGCCUGAGCAACCGCUUGUCAGCCCUCUCAGUGCUUUGCAGUCUGUCAUGAACAACCACUUGGGGAAAGCUGCAAAGGUGGCCACCCCCUUCAUGGAACCCUUUUCGAUGCUCUAUAACAUGAGCAACUCUGCUCAGAACAGGCAAGCAGAGCCUGGGAGUCAGUACCAUGAUGAUGACGAUGAUCAGCCCAUGGAUUUAACGAAAUCCAAAAGCAGCAAUGGUAGUACAGCUAAGGCUACCUCUACAACACCACACAACAACAUAAACAACGGAAAACCAACUUCCAAAAAUUUCUCGCAGUCAUCAUCCCCCCCUCUACGAGAGAAUGCUUUGAUGGAUAUUUCGGACAUGGUGAAAAAUCUAACAGGUCGUUUGACUCCAAAGUCUACAACCCCGUCUUCGGUCUCUGAGAAAUCAGAUAUUGAUGGCUGUAGUUUUGAGGACGGUACAGAAGAGUUGUCUCCUAUCCAAAGAAGGAAAGGCCGACAGUCAAACUGGAAUCCUCAGCACCUCCUGAUUCUCCAGGCCCAGUUUGCCUCAAGUCUUCGAGAGACACCUGAGGGAAAAUUUGUGAUUAGUGACUUGGGACCUCAAGAACGAGUCCAUAUCUGUAAAUUCACUGGUCUCUCUAUGACCACGAUCUCACAUUGGCUGGCCAAUGUAAAAUACCAGUUGAAGCGGACAGGAGGCACAAAGUUCCUAAAAAAUAUUGACUCUGGCCAGCCUUUGUUUUUGUGCAGUGACUGUGCUUCCCAGUUCAGGACUCCCUCGUCCUACAUUCAUCAUUUGGAGUCUCACCUUGGAUUCACCCUAAAAGACCUCUCAAAGCUUCCCAUAGACUUACUAGAGCAGCAGGCAGUCAGUAGAACAGAGGACAAAACAUUUAGUUCUGGACAUACAGAACAGGACCCUGGCUCACUAUAUCAGUGCAAAAUGUGCAGCCGGACAUUUGUGAGCAAACAUGCAAUCAAAUUGCAUCUUUGUAAAACACAUGGAAAGCCCCCAGAGGACCACCUCAUCUUUAUAAAAGAGCUGGAAAAGUUUGAUAAGCAGUAGAGUCUGACAGAGCUGAUAGCAUGACAGAUUACUGUUGCACUAAAAAUUUAAGCUACAAUCUGUCAUCACACAUAGUGCCACAGCUGUAUUAAUAACAGGAUAUUUAAUACUUUACACUGUUAUUAUUCUGUUUGUCAUAAAUGAAAGGAACUUACAUUGCAGAGGCUCAAAGCCGCUCUGGAAAAGUAAAAUUUUUGGAGACAAAAUUCUCACAGAUUGGUGCGACAGACAUGGCACUAUACAGUUACUGACUGAUUGUUGCUUCUCCAAUGCACUGCAUUUUUAUCUGAGCCUUUAGGAAAUAGUUCAUCUAUUGUUUUAAAACUGGUCCAUGCUCUUCUUUUGACCACUGUUUUUGAGUAAUUCCUUUAGGAUAAAAAUAUUUCAACACAGUUAGCAUUUUAUUUAUGAAGCAAUUUGUGCAUGUUUUCAUGUAAAGCAGUUCGUAAUAUCAUGUAUAAUUAAAUUCCAGCCAUGAUUACAAAACUGAUGUCCCUGUUUAACAGUUGGACACAGCCAAUUGUAAAACGAUGAUGGUGAAAGAUUGUGUCUCAAAAUGUUAAAGUGAUUUCUGCACUUUCGGUGAGUGUAAAUUGAUGAAUAAAUGUAUGAGUAAAAAGGACACUUAGUUUGCGUUCCAUAUAACUCAAAUUUGGGAACUAAAUAUAGUAUUUGUUUCUGUUUGUUAUUAAAAUCACAAAAACAUUUCAAAAUGUUUUAAUCCCUUUUUUAUCUCUAUUAAAAUAUAAUUUCCUAGGUGUCUCAAUAUGUACAGUAUUUGCGUUAGUAGGUCACCAACAUUAUCAUUGUGAAUCUACAGUUGUAAAGUUAAUGAAUUUUAAAUCUGCUUGUAUGAAUAAUCCAGUAUAUGUAUGUCAGCAUAUCUUGCUCUUUACAGUUCGAUAUUAUUUGUACUAUGUGUAUUUUUACAAUGUUAUUUUCUAAACCAAUAAUGGGGGGAAUGUAUAAAGCUACAAAAUAUUGUCGGACCAAAAAUACCACUGAAAAGUCGGUCCCUCAGUGUGGUUUACAUAAAAUGAACUUACUGGCAUCUGAUGUGAUGCUUAUGGCUGUACAUAAGACUGAAAUGAUUUGCUCUCUAAUGACAAAAAUUUCCAGGUUUUGUCAUUAAUCCAUUUAUUCUGAAUGGCAUUCUUUUAUCCUCAGUUGUUGAAUAAAUUUCAUGUCCUGGAUUAAA